AUGGACGCAAUCUCCGUUUCGAAGCGGUCAGCCGCGUCUGCAGCGUCCGCGGGUUCAGGCUCUCGACAAGCCCUAGCUGGCCUGCGGAACGGCGGCACCUCAAAAGCUACGCUGCUGAAGGAAAUGCAGAUGGCUGCGGAGGACCAGUUCGCCGACUCUUCGCCCACGGGUGACGCCGUGUGCAGCAACCUCGACCACUUUCGCGAAGCGACUUCCUUUUUUCAGGACCUCGCGCGACUGACCGAUAUUUCUGCAUCCCUCUGCAAAGCUGUGCACACUCCGUCAGCGACGAGGGCAUCGGCUACUGAACUUUGCCAGCCGACGCCGGUGCAGCGUGUCGAAGAGCUUGUUGCGUUGGUGGCCUGUUGUGCCAGAGUGCUGGACCGCUACCAAACUCAGCCGACACUCCUCGAUCGCCAUCUACUCCAAAUGGUCGAACCGUUGGCUCACGUCGUGCAAAACCACCUAAACCUCAUCCCCUUUGUCACACCGGUGGGCACGACUGGAAAUGACACGCUGAAGCUGCGGGGCUCCGACAGCGUUGCCUCUAAAAGCCAUCGCGACUCUGUGGACGAUAGGAACGCGUCCGGGGGGGCAGCGAAUAGCGUGGACGUGUUGGCGGCGUCACUGUCUCUGAGGCUUCUGCUUCACCUCGUUUACUCGCUCUGCAAAGUUCGUGGGUACAAGGCUAUCCAGCUGUUGCUUCCGCAGAGCCCCGAGCUCCUCGAACCCGUUGUCGACUUAUGCGAGAUUCUUUUCGAGGCUGAGAUUUCUUCUGGCGUCGCAGAUUCCGCGCCUCUGCAAGUGCAAACCGCUUCGCCCUCACGUGCCUCUCCAGGUGCUGAAUCCACAGAGCGCGGGUCCGUGGCCUCUGCAGGGGUUGAGGGGGAGGAACCGAGCUCGCAUGAAGGCGCGGCGGCGACCGGGUGCGCAGAGACGACAUCGAAGACAGGACUGGGAGAGCGAGCAGCAAACGGGGAGGCCAGGGGACACAUACUCGACGACGGGCGGGCAAGUUUCCAGGAGCUGCUGUCCUUUGCGAAGCAGCUGCCUCUCUGGAGCACGCACUACUCUCUGCUUGUGUGGCUCUCUCUGCUCGUCCUGGCUCCCUUCGGAUUAGAAAGCCUCGACAGCUCGCUUCACGCGGGUCGAGAGGCAGGGAGAGAAGAAGCUACUGGGCAGGAAGGCCUCGCGACAAAGCGACCUCAGACGCUGGGCCUUCGCAUCGUUCUUCUUGCGGAGGCGUACCUCCGCACGACUAACACGAAAGCGAGCGAUGCAGCGGCCUUCGCGCUCGCGCGGUUUUUCAGCCGUCCGGAUAUAUCUGCGAAGGCUCCAGAGCUCUUCCCUCACUUCCUCGGUUUCUGCCAGCAGUCCCUUUUUGCUGGAAAAACGAAGUCCGCCUCCACGUCUUCAACUUGGGCUGUUGCCACUGCGGCUCCCCGGGGAUCCGAAGCAACCAGCACCGAGGCGACCUCGCCUCCCGGCGCUGGCGCUUCCUCUCCUGAGCUCGACGGAAGUUCCCCUUCGUCUGUGCCGAUAUUUCGCCGCGCCAAUGCAAUUCGAGCUUUGAACGAGAUUCUGAAGAUUAUCGGACGACGUGCAGUUCUCCCUGAGCUCCCGCGCCUGCUGUCGCUCCUCGGCCUCACGUCCUGCGAAGACGAGCGGAGCCUGUGGACGUCGCUGUCCUCCCUCUCUGCUCUCUUUCGCAAGCUGCGCUGCAGCUGCGCCGCGCGCCUCUGCAUGCUUCUUCUGCCGCCGGUCAACACGCGGUCGCUGCGGUGGAGGUACACGCCGCACGCGCGGUGCCUCACCACGCUUCUCCAAGAGAGGAAACAGCCAGCCACUCCGGGGGCUGGAGAGGCCGCGGCGGUAAGCCAGGCGCAGCAGGCCCACGACCUGCGGGGGGAACCCGACGAUGAAGAAGAGGAAGAAGAGGACGUGCCUGAGCAAGUUGAAGAAGUCAUCGGGCUCCUCCUUGAGAGACUCUCCGACCGCGACAGCGCCGUCAGGUGGACUGCGGCGAAGUCAGUCGCCAGAGUUGUCAUGCAGCUGCCGAGGGACUUUGCCGACCAAGUCGUCGCCACGGUGCUUGACUCGCUCGCGUCGGUGCCGCUCUCGUCGUCGCUGACCUCCAAGCGCCUGUGGCAGGGCAGCUGUCUGGCCCUCGCGGAGCUGCUGCGCCGCGGGCUCGUUGGGCUCCAGCGGCUGGGCGCGUGCUGCGCGUCGCUGCGCCUUGCGCUGGCUGCUGAGGCGGGCGGGAGCUGCGCCGCCGGAGAUACCAGCGCGGCGGCGGCAGUCGCUGCGCUGAGAGACGCCGCUUGCUACGCGGCCUGGAGUCUCGCUCGGUCUUACUACCGCACAGAGGCUUUGAAGAAAGAAGUGGAAACGCUCUCCCGCUCCCUCCUCCUCGUUGCGCUCUUCGAUCGCGAAGUCAACUGCAGGCGAGCAGCGGCGGCGGCCUUCCAGGAACUCGAGGGCCGGCACGGCGGCAUUCCUUGCGGCCUGAGAAUCGUCACGCUGGCGGACUUCUUUGCGCUGGCAACGCGGCGCUCGUCGUAUCUGCGCGUUGCCCCUGAAGUAGCCAGCCUCCACCGCGACUACGCGCGCUUGCUGCUCCAAGCGCUGUCGGCCUUGCUUCUUUCGCCGUAUGAAGACGAAGAGAUCCGCACCUUGGGCGCCGCCGCCCUCAAGCGCAUUGCUGUCAGGGAGCGCAGACUCGCCGCAGAGGAGAUCCUGCCGACGAUCCUCGCCAAGUCGACGGCCGCGGAGGAGGACUUUGGGACGCGCCACGGAGCCCUCCUCGGGCUCACGGCGCUGACGGAGGCCCUCUGCGGCAAGCGGCGCCCGCAGCCCUGCAGCGCGGCUGGCGGGGCAAGUGCUCCAGGAAGCGAGACCGGCGAGGGACAGGAUCCAGACGCCGGCGGCGAGGGUCUCCCCGAGGAGCUUCAAGCGGAGAUUCGGCAAGUCGUUCUCAAAGUCGAGAAGCAAAGGCAGUAUCGAGGCAAGGGCGGAGACCUUUGCCGGGUGGCUGUCUGCAAACUCAUUCAGGGCCUGGCCUCCUCACCCUCGAUCACGUUCAAGGCUGCGACGGCGCGGCGGUACCUGACCACGCUGCUGGAGGGGCUGCGUCACUUCAGCGAGACCGUGCAGUUGGCGGCAGCUGAGGCCCUGCGCACUCUGCUUCACCUGCGCAUGCCGGCCGCGGAGGCCCUCGAAGCGCUGCUUCCCAAGCUCGCUAAGAAUCUCGCCAACCCCGAUGAGCACGUGGCGGCCCGAAGGGGCUACGUACUCGCCCUCGCGACCCUCGCUCCCGAAGUCUAUCGCCGGUGCCUCAGCCAGCGGAAGCCGCUCGGCGCGGCGGCGGGACCGCUCGCAGGCGCCGCGCCUGCAGAGAGCUCGCUUGGGGAGCCGCGGGGAGCCUUCGGAGGCGACGCUGCGGCAGACGCCGCCGCGGGAGACUCCUUCGAGGGAGACUUGCUGGAGGUCCUCUGCCGCGAAGCGACGUCCCUGGCCCCCUGCGGCCAGCCUGCGCUGGGUGAUGCGCAGACGCGACGAAAUGCGUUGAUCGCGCUGGGCUCUGCGCUUUCCGCGAUUCUGACUUCGCGGCUGCCGCGAGCGGACAAGGCUCCAGAGCGGGGAGGCGCGACCGCGACUGCGGGAGAACCUCCUGGGGCUCCUGCGGAGGAAGCCAAGGAGGAGCCUGAAGGGCACUCGCUUCCGUCUUCUUCUUGGGCGAAAGUCGUGGAUACCCUGGAGGCUUGCAGCGCAGACUUCCAAGCAGAUGAACGCGGUGACGUCGGGUCGUGGGUGAGGGAAGUCGCCUGCGAGACCGCGUGCUUCAUUCUAGAGAACGUGUCGCAAAGGCGAACGCGCCACGCAGCCCGACCACGAGGCCCUCCGGAGCCCAGCGCGGGCGCGGAGGGGCUCGGGGACCCCAAGUGUGAGGCGGCGGGGGGGCGCGAGCCGCAAGCCGACGACGGCGCCGGCGGCCUGAGUCGAGAAGACACGCUGCGCUUGGUAAAUCUGGUUGUCCGCAUGGCGAUGGAGAACUUGGAUAGAACGCGGAGCCGAGCGGCGUUUCUGCUCUACCACAUGACUGCGCCGCUUUGUCUUCAGCGAGAAGACAUGCGCGUCGUGACGCAUAUUCCGCCAUUCAGAAUUGAGUGGAUUUGGGGGCGCGUUUUCCACGACUACUCCUACGAGCUGGGCGCCGCGGGCAUUCCGCCCCUGGAGGAGCCCUAUCCCGACGCGGCUGAGGGAGAGUCGCCUCCCUUGCGCGCAGCCCCGUGCUUUCUGACUCUCUCCCUCGGCUCGCAGAGCCCGCCCUUCCUGCGGCUUCUUCAGAGGAGUCUCCUGCCGGUGGCCGUGCGGCAGAAGCUCGCGUUCGAAGACACGAAGCCCGAGCUGCCCUUCCAGCGUCUCAACCUCUCUGACCUCUCCUCCGGCGUGCCCGUUGCGAACCUGGGCUCGGCGUCUCCCUCGCCCUCUGGCGCCGCGGCUCUCCCGGCAGCGUCGCCGGCGUCUGGGGCCGGCUUGUCUGCUCCUCAAGCCUCCAGCGGGAGGGGCCUUUUAGGCGGAGGGCGCGAUCCGCAGAGCCCCGAGUUCAGAGAGGACGGAGACGAAGGCGAGUCUUUCUGGGAGACGGGGGGGAGUUUUGAUUUCCUCUUGGAGCUCUCUGUGAUCGACGGCGGCUGCGCGACGCUCCACAAGACGCGGAAAGCUGGCGUUCUCCUACGGCUGCCGCUGUUCACCGACCCAGAAGUGACCUACCCGCGCCUGCUCCCGCUCCUCCUGCUCCCCCCGUAUAGAAGGAGAGCCGCCGAGGGCUCCUGCCUGGGCCUCGGGGCCGCGAUGGGCAGCACCGCGGACAAAACAGCGGAAGCCUUUCUCUCAUUCAUGACCGACGUGAAGCGGCUGGCGCAGCCUCUCCACGGGAAGUCCGCAGAAGCGGGCGCUGGACAGGACCGGGCGACCUGCGGCGCAGAUGAACUCUCCUCGUUUUACUGCGGCUGCGUCGCAGCGCUGCAAGCAACUGAAACCAGCGAAGAUGAGGCGAGGGAGAAAGGACUUCGUGCGCCAAACGCCGUGGUGACGCACGCGCUAGUCGAAGUUCUGGCGGAGUGUGCGGCGGCGCUGAGAAGCGGGGCGUCAAGCGCCUACAUCGAAAAGCUCUCGCUAGCCAGUCUGCGGGCUGUGACCCUCGUGCUGAGCAACGAGAGCGUCACUCCCGAAGACGUGCCGCGUCUUCUGGCGCUCCUGACCGCCGGUCCCUUCGCGCGAGGCGCGUGGCUUCGGUCUUUCCAGUUGGUGAAGAGUCGCUGCGAGGCGUUUAUGGCUCUCGCCACAGCGACAACAGGCGCCGGCGACGCCUGCGAAGAACGACGCGAAGCGGCCGCGACCGAGGCGCAGAAAGUCGCGCUGUGCCAUGCCUUGAGCUUCCUUCUCCAUCGGUUCCCUAAAAUUCGGUCGUUGGCGGCCGAGGCGAUCUACGGCUCUCUGCUGUGUCUCUCCCCCGGCACGGAUUUUUUGGAUGACGCUGCAUACGCGGAAAGGGCCGUCAGCCAGUCGGUCCCGGCCUCAGGCCCCGCCUGCGCCGACGGCGAGCCGCUCGCUUCGGGGCGCGUGUCUGACGAUUUCUUGCGCCUCUCAGAGCAGCAGUUCGACGAGGCAAUGGAGUUGCUCACGCUGACGCCCUGGCUGGAGCUGGAUGUGCAGGGCGAGGGGACAAGCGCCGCAUGCGGCUCGGCCGUGGGAGGCGCGGAGUCGCGCCUCGGUGCAUCGGCGCUGGAGGCUGACGCCGAGGCAGCGGCCUGCUCCGUAGAGCGUCUCGCGGUCCUUCUCGGCGUGCAGAAGCAGUGGCGUGCACUAGCUCUGAAAAAGAAGUCAAAGGCAACUGAAUGA